UUUAUAUCUACCAGACCAGGCAGAGGCGAACACCAGUGUCCCGGGACACACACCACCUAGAACUGCUAUCAUGGAUAUCCUGGUCGCAUUUCUGCAGCUACUGGUGCUGCUCCUGACACUUCCCCUGCACCUGCUGGCUCUGCUGGGCUACUGGCAGCCUAUGUGCAAAACCUAUUUCCCCUACUUGAUGGCCAGGUUAACAAAAAAUGCCAACAAAAAGAUGGAAGGCGAGAAACGGAAACUCUUUAGCCCGAUAAAAGAUCUGAAGGAGACCUCCGGGAAAGUGACCCUGCUGGAGCUGGGCUGUGGCACUGGUGCCAACUUCCAGUUCUACCCACCUGACUGCAAGGUCACCUGUGUGGACCCGAACCCCAACUUUGAGAAGUUCCUGACGAAGAGCAUGGCGGAGAACAGGCACCUGCAGUACGAGCGCUUCAUCGUGGCCUAUGGAGAGGACAUGAAACAGCUCGCUGACAGCUCCAUGGAUGUGGUGGUCUGCACACUGGUGCUGUGCUCUGUAAAGAGCCCAAAAAAAGUCCUCCAGGAAAUCCAGAGAGUCCUGAAGCCGGGAGGACUACUCUUCUUCUGGGAGCAUGUCGCCGAGCCUCAGGGAAGCUGGGCCUUGCUGUGGCAGCAGGUUUUUGAGCCUACCUGGAAACACAUCGGGGAUGGUUGCCACCUCACCAGAGAGACCUGGAAGGACCUGGAGCAGGCACGGUUCUCCAAUAUCGAAAUGGAAUGGCAGUCUCCUCCCUUCUGGUGGUUACCUGUGGGGCCCCACAUCAUGGGAAAAGCUGUGAAGUAGCCCUCUAAAAGGAGUCCCUCUGCUCCCUCCCUGCCUGUAGUCAGAAGCCACCCCAAUCAAAGAACGAGAAAAUCUCCUCAGCGCCACUGCCGCUGCCGCCAGGGUGACCCUUAGCCUUGGUCCCGCUUGCAGUGAGGCUUGCUUCCUGCUUUCUCCAGAGGCACUAUAAACUAAACUAUAUUGUCACCUGCAAAGCCCAGGAUUUUGCCCGGUCACCUUCUGGGACCUCUACUCUCCCUUUCCCUUAUCCGCAUGGUAAAGUUCUCACUGCCGUCCUUCCGACACUACACUCUCGUGCCCCUCGGAACUGGUCGCAUGUCGAUGCGUGUGUUCUCCGCCAGGCCACCUCAGCCUCCCUCCCUGACAUCCACUUUGUGCCAAGCUUCAGGGGGGCAGAGGGAAGCCAAACCCUCAAGAUAAGAGAAAAGCACUCAAUAAAGCAACCAGAGUUUUU